CAACUCCCAAAGCCACCGCGCAAGCUACAAAACGACAUCGUCACAUCUCACCCAGCGCCCUCAACCUCACUCACCCUCCGACCGCCCCCACCCCCUUCCGACAGUCGACACCUAGACGGCAUUCCCGACAACCCACCCAACAUGGCAGCCAAAGGAGACAAGAUUGAGAAGAUCAUCACGAGGCUCCAGGCCCGCAUCGGCGAGGGCCAGUUCUACGAAGCCCAGCAGCAGACCCGCGUCGUCGCCGCCCGCUACAUCAAGGCCGCAAACUGGCCCGCCGCCAUCGAUAUCCUGUACAAUGUCGCACAGUCCCUGCUAAAGGCCGAACAAGGCGGCAGCGGCGGCGACUUGGCCGUCAUGCUCGUCGACGUCUUCAAGCAGGCCGAGCUAAAGCCCGACGCCGCCAAUAAGGGCAAGCUGCUCACCCUCCUGCGCCUGUUUGCGGCCCAGGAGCCUACGAGGAAGAAGUUUAUCGGGGAGAUUAUUGCAUGGUCAUCAAAGUUCGGCGAGUACCCCGCCGGCGAUACCGACCUCCACCACGUCGCCGGAUCCCUCUACGCCGAAGAGCACGACGCCUACGAGGCGGAACGACACCUGGUGCUAGGAACAAAGGACUCGGCCGAGGUGCUCGCAAAGAUGGAAUACGUCUGGUACAAGGAGGACGACUCGCACACGGCGCCCCUCUACGCCGCCCGUGCCAUCUUCCCCUACCUCCUCGUCGGCAACGUCCGCGCCGCAAACACCUGCUACCGCCUCUUCGCCUCCUCCCUUAGCGACGACAACAAGGGCCUCGGCGUCCAGGACGUCAGCAGCAACAGCGCCGACCUGCGCAUCUUCCCCGGCCUGCCCCUCCUCAACUUCCUCGGCCUGCUCUUGCUGGCGAUCCAGCGCGGCGCCCCGGACGCCUACAAGCAGCUCCUGGCAAAGUACUCGCCCAACAUUUCCGAAGUCAGCGCGUGGAGCGAGGCGCUCGAGAUCAUUGCCGAAAUGUACUUUGGCAUCUCGCGUCCGAGGCAGAGCAAUCCGCUCAUGGACAUGAUGGGCAGCCUGUUUGGUGGUGCCGGUGGUGGUGGUGCCCCUCAGCAGAGACGUCCCGCGACAAGACGGGUGGAGGCACCCGCGGCUGAAGGCCUGGAUUAGAUGAAGAUGUUUUCCGUCGAUUCGGCGUAGAUGCCCACCGUACGCAAGAGCGCGCUUCAUAAUGAACCAGACGUUGAAAACAUGUGUCGUCGAAGUAACGACCAGGAUAUCCAGAUGGGAAACGCUAGGCAUCCUGUUCAGAAGCCACGGGGCAGCUCCGGCUCGGCCUCGUACAUCCAAUUAUCGUCGGCGAGAGCCGAGACUUUGGCUCGUAAACUGGCUUUGACGGCUUCGAGCAGCUCUAUUUCGUACAGGAGCCGGUUAGAAACCCCUUUUUCCUCCAACGAAGAGUGGACACAAAAGUAUCUCGC